AUUUAUUCCCUUCUCCUCUUCCCUCGAACCCGCACGCUCCCUACCAACACUGUGAGUACGACAAGACAAAGCUUGGUAGAGGCAGUCUCUAGAAGGAUGAAAAAACACAAAGGUCUGCAAACCGUUUUGCCUGACCAGGAGGAGGGGUGCGAUCCUCUUGCCCUUUCGGGGGUGAAGGGGGUCGCGCUUCUCCCUUCGUGGAGGCCAAUAUCCCAUUCAAGUCCCUGAUCAAAGAGCGGGAGCGAGAGCGAGAGGAAGCGACGAGCAAAGCAGGAUAAAAGCAAGCGUCAAUCAGAAUAGGCUGGCUCACACGCCCGGCCCCGCCCCCUUCCCCCCUCACUCUGUACCCGCAGCCCCACUCCUUCACAAUGGCUCCCACCGCCACCGGCACCAGCUCCUCGGUGAACACCAAUGGCUCCACCGUCGCUGGCAAGCGCAACCUCAAGGGUAUCGAGGACUACUCCAAGUUCUGGAAGAAGGAUUCCAAGGACGACGGCGAGAGUGAAAUGGCCAAGCGCCUCAACCAGUACAAGGACGUCGUCAACGGCUACUACGAUGGUGCCACGAGCCUCUACAUGUACGGAUGGGGCACCAGCUUCCACUUCUGCAAGUUCUUCAAGGGCGAGCCCUUCAGGCAGGCCCUUGCGAGGCAUGAGCACUACCUCGCCCUUUCGAUGCAGCUCAAGCCUGGUAUGAAGGUGCUGGAUGUCGGAUGUGGCGUUGGCGGCCCUGCCCGCGAGAUUGCCCGCUUCGCCGGUGUCCAAGUUGUGGGUCUCAACAACAAUGAGUACCAGGUCUCCCUCGCUCAAAAGAUGACCAAGGACGCUGGCCUCGAGAAUCAAGUCUCCUUCGUCAAGGGCGACUUCAUGAAGCUCGAGGAGCAGUUCGGCCCCAACGCUUUCGACGCAGUCUACGCCAUCGAGGCCACUUGCCACGCCCCCUCUGCCGCUGGCAUCUACGGCGAGAUCAAGAAGGUCCUCAAGCCCCAGGGUGUCUUUGGCGUGUACGAGUGGUGCAUGACCGACAGCUACGACAAGACGAACGCGGAGCACCGCAGGAUCGCUCACGGUAUCGAGGUGGGAGAUGGAAUUCCUGAGAUGCGAGACAUCAAGGUCACUCGUGCGGCGCUCAAGGAGGUUGGAUUUAAAGUCGAGCGCGACGAGGACCUGGCGGCGGGCGACGACCCGCUCCCGUGGUACUACCCUCUCCAAGGUGACUUGCGCCAAUGCCAGUCCCUUUGGGACGUCUUCACGGCUUGGAGGAUGACGCGCGCAGGCACCUGGGUGACGCAAACCGCCGUCAGCGUCUUUGAGCGCAUCGGCUUGGCUCCCAAGGGUACGCACGACGUUGGGGAGCAGCUGAAGAUUGCUGGUGCGGCGCUCGUAGAGGGAGGCAAGUCCGGACUCUUCACCCCUAUGAUGCUCUUUGUCUGUCGCAAGUAGUCGCGUCAUCGAGACAUCUAAGGUCGAAGAGCUUGAGAGAGCAUUAUUGAUGAUCAUCGUGAUGAUGGAUGAGCAGCGCAGGUAGUACCAGGCAAUACCAUCACCUCCGCACUGCAGCAGAAGACGCGCAAGGUCGCCCCACGGACUCAUGC